AAAUCCGCCCUCGCAGGAAACGAUGGCUGACGCUGUCGAUUCCCCAGCCAAUCCCAGCACGCCUUAACCCAUCGCUCUCCCUUAUUGGGUAAACGGCAGCGCCGCGAGGCGGAUGUUGUCUUCUCUGCGACGAUCAAUGCCCCCAAGAUGGCGUCGAGUGGCGGUGAGAUUGGGGGCUUGUUAGACCACCACGUCCAAAGGGCGGUAUGCGACUCGCGCGCCAAGUAUCGGGAGGGGCGACGGCCUCGAGCAGUCAAGGUAUAUACAAUCAAUUUGGAAUCUCGAUACUUAUUAAUACAAGGAGUUCCUGCAGUGGGAGCAAUGAAGGAAUUAGUUGAGCGAUUUGCUCUAUAUGGUGCAAUUGAGCAGUAUAACGCCCUAGAUGAAUACCCAGCAGAAGACUUUACCGAAGUUUAUCUUAUUAAAUUUCUAAAUUUACAAAGUGCAAGGAUAGCCAAGAGAAAAAUGGAUGAACAGAGUUUCUUUGGUGGAUUGCUUCAUGUGUGCUAUGCUCCAGAAUUUGAAACAGUUGAAGAAACUAGAAAAAAAUUACAAGAGAGGAAGACUUAUAUAGCAAGAACUACUAAAAAUAAAGAUCAUUACAUGACAAAGAAGCAGCUGGUCACACAGCAUAAAGGCACAAAAGAUGUUAGACAGGACUUCCAUUCAGAGACAACUGGAUUUUGUGCAGCCACUUUGAACACUUCUGGUAACUCAGAUCCUUGCCUGCCUUAUUCUUGUGAAUUGCCUUUGUGUUACUUCUCCUCAAAAUGUACAUGUUCAUCAGGGAAGCAUGUGAACAGAGCAUCAAAGUCCUCUCAGGAUGAUAGAAACCAUGAUGAAAUAGUGGCGCACUGUAGCCACAAUGACUUUCUGCAGAAAAUACAAAUGAAAACUUUUAAAAAUUCAGUGGCCUGCCCAAUUACACAGAAGGCUGUUACUCCUUUAGAGGCAGUUGACAGGUUUAUGCCUCGGACAACACAACUGCAGGAACGGAAAAGAAGAAGAGAAGAUGAUCGGAAGCUUGAAACUUUUCUUGAAACAAGCACGAGUAGUAAUGAGGUUAUAAUUGGGCCACUGUUGCCAGAUAUACCUAAAGUGGAUAUGCAUGACCACUCAUUAAACACAACAGCAAAUUUAAUUCGGAAUAAACUUAAAGAGGUAACUUCAUCUGUGCCCAACCCUCCAAAGGACAAGCUGGGAGAUGUGCAUACAAACCAUCCACUAAAACAAAGAAGAAGAAUAUAGAUUGCCAGCAGCAGACUUUCUGAGGGCCUUUUUUUUUUUUUAAAGCCAGUCACAUUAAUUCUUGAAGAGAUUUUAUGACUAGUAUUUUUUCUAAUGCACUCCUUUUUGUGAUUUCAUUCAAGCUGAUUGUGUAAUAUAGCUUGUUCUUUUAAAAUUAGUUCAUUAUUUUAUUACACAAACUAUCUUUAUAACAUUACCUCUCACAUAAUUAUUAUAUGUUAAUUGGAGCAAAAAAUAGAAACUUUACAGUACAAAUAAAUACAUGCAACAAGGAUCUAUUUCUCAUUUUAAUACAAGUAUUGAGUGAUUGACAUUCAAAAACUGGAAGACAGUAUAUGUCUGAAUGCCAGAGCUUCAAAAUCAAGACAUUUCUGUAAAGUAAAAAGGUUAAUCGAUUAGAACAAAGCUGAAAUUAGAAUCUCACAUGCUUUAAUUUCAAAGCAUUUACUUGAGCUAAGUAAAUUAGAUCGAAGUAAAUUUUGCUAAGUAAAGCAAAAAUUAAUCAGUACUUUUAAGUGCUAGACUUCUAGCACUACUUAUAACACUCCCACAUCUUUUUUUUUUCUUCAUGAACCACGUAAUUGGAAAUCCAAGUAUGUCUAUGUCUAAGCUGUUUACAUUUCUUUAACUCCUUAACUGAUAAAAAUAACUUGAAGAAAAACAGACCAAAAAUUUUUUGAUUAAAAAAAUAAUUUGAAAAAAUAUUACUGAACGUUGUCUGUUUUUCACUUCUCUAUAAGGAUCUCUUGCAUAAUGGAUUGAAUUUGAACAUAUCAAAUAAAGUUAAUCUCCAGUUUCGAAGUACUGACUUAAAUGUAGUAGGAUGACAGUAAGUGGUAUUAAAAGAAGCUUCAGGAAAAGAGUUUAGCUAUACUUCCUUAUAAGGUAAAAGAUGUAUUAGAGACCUGAGCAGAGAAUUGAAAAGAACAAGUUGCUGUAUAGGCCAGUCUUCUGGAACUUUAAGGUGCUAUGAAUCUUUAUCUGAAUGACUUGCUAAAUGAAGAUUCUGAUGGUGGUG